UCAGUUGUGUGGUGAAUGACAAAUGAGAAACUGAAACAAGGUAUGUCGCGCUGGAAAAAGACAUCCUUUGACGGCAUUCACAAAUAUGUAGAAAAAGUAGAGGAUGUUUUAUUAAGUGAGAGUUCAUGGUCAACCACUGACUCUGAGUGUUCAGGUUGCAUCCACUUAAGUAAGGACAGUAAUCUGCACACUGAAGGUUGUAGUGCCUCAGCAUUUGAACUGGCAACUCUUUCAGCUGUACAGGCAUUAAAUGGAAAUUACAUUCAGAGUGCUAGCAGCCACUGUAUGCUGGGAGGAGGAUUGAAAACCUUAGCUGUCGGCUCUGCAACUCUGUUAUCCUCUGGCAUAAGAGGCGGUAUGUUACAGCAACUGUCACUUCUUGCUGCUGGUGCCCAACCUUGGCAUCAUAACAUCUGUACUGCUCAUUCUCGACGUUUUGCCUAUGCUGCAACACUUGCUAUUUAUGUGUAUGAGGUUGAGACUGGAAGUAAUCAGUGGCAGUUGUUUAGCAUCUUGGCUGACCACCGCAAGACAAUAACCUGUCUUGAUUGGCAUCCAUGCAAUGAUGACCUUCUAGCUAGUGCAUCCUUGGAUCAAAGGGUGUGUGUAUGGAAUGUGAGCAGACAGUGUGUUCUUCAUGCAAUCAGCAUCUGCCGAGUCCCCACAGUGGUAGCAUGGUGUACCGGACACAGGGAUCUUCUGUCAUUUUCUACUCAAAGUGGCCCAAUACAGUUGUGGGACUAUACUGAUAACAGUGAACCUUACCCUAUCCGUGAGGACUACGGCUAUACAAAUGGAAUUGUUAUUUAUCGUUGGCAUCCAACCGUUUCUGGAAGAUUGGUUAUUGGCCAUGAAGAUGGAAAGCUUACUGUGUACAGGGAAGAUGUUGGGAAGACACGUUACUCUGCCUUUCCUGAGGGUGGAGAGGACAAUGAGGACCACACUCUCGUUACUCUUGAGUGGGAUACUUGCUCACCAGACUACAUCUUGGUGGCAUACAGAGGAGGUGCUCUUUGGUUAGUUGAUGUUAACAGCAUGAGAAUAAUCACCAAGUAUAUCAUGCCAAUCUCAGCAAGUGUGAAUACUUUGGCGUGGCUUCCCGAUGCUCCAGGAAUGUUUGUUACUGGAGAUGCUGAAAAAGGCAUUCUGCGUGUUUGGACAGUCAGUAAAUCAACACCUGUAGAAAAUAAUGUUUUAAAAAACACAGGCUUUCAUGUUCUUUGUGUUACACGAGUUUUAAAUGUAAAUGCUCCUCGAAACGUUCAUCAAGACCAAACUAAUGAUCUGUCUGGUGAGAGGAAGGGACUCAUGAUCCCUAAUGUGGCAGUUGUUACAUUGUUUAAAGAUGGAGGCGUUGGUCUGUACCACCUGAGAAGAAAACAGUGGAUCUUUAAUCGAGAACAUGGUCACACCGAAACAAUAUUUGACUGCAGCUUUAAGCCUGAGGAUAGUGAUCUACUGGCUACUGCUUCUUUUGAUGGAUCUAUUAAAAUCUGGAAAAUUGAUACCAUGGAAACAGUAGACCAUCUUCCCAACUGUAAUAGCAUCAUAUACUCACUAUCAUGGGCACCAGCUGACCUUAACUGUAUAGUAGCAGGAACCUCUGGAGGAGAUGUCUUCAUUUGGGAUGUAGGCAAACACAAGAUCUUGCAAGAUAUAUGUUCCCACAAAGACAAAAAAGUGUUUUGUGUGGCAUGGAAUCACAAGGAUGCCAGAAGAAUAGCAUCUGCAGGUGAAUCAGGGUACUGCUAUGUUCACCAAGUGAGCGGGACUCUGUUACAAGACUACCGUCACCCAGGUCCUGUUUAUGGCUGUGACUGGCGAGAUGCUGAUAUAUUAGCCACAGGCUGUGAGGAUGGGAAGAUUCGAAUCUUUAAUGUAACAAAAAAUAGAAGAGAGCCUUUGACAGAGCUGAAAGCUCAUCUGAAAAAGGUGUUUCGUGUCAAGUGGAAUCCAGUGUAUGCUGAUAUCUUGUGUAGUGGCAGUGAUGAUUCAUCUGUUAGAAUAUGGUCGUAUGCAAAGGCGCAGUGUUUAACAAUUCUGGUUGGCCAUUCUGACAAUGUGCGUGGUUUGGCUUGGUGUCCUGAAGUUCCCUUUUUGCUUAUUUCUGGCUCCUGGGACCGAACAAUGAGGGUGUGGGAUGCUCGUCAUGCUACCUGCCUUGACGUUGUUCUUGAUCAUGGAGCUGAUGUGUAUGGACUAAGCAUCCACCCUGUACGUCCAUUUCUGCUUGCAUCUUGUUCACGGGAUUCUACAAUGCGGCUUUGGUCAUUAACCUCAUUUGUGGCUCCACUCUACCUGAAAGUUUUAGCAGGAAAGACUACUGAAGAAAUUAUCAGGAACAAUGAACAACAGAAUAGCUUUUCCAGUGGUCUCUACUUGUGUGGCCUCAGAGCAGAGCACCUUCUGACAGCUCUACAGAAAACAGAUAUCUCCCAUCGGCCCAGCAAAAGACUGAAGUUGUUCACAGAUCUCUUCUGUGGUGACGUACAAGUGAAGAACCUGUGGGAUCUCGUGUAUGUACUGCAAGGACAUGCUGACAUCUCUCAGCUCUCACCAAACUAUACUCAGUCCAUCAUGCAUCAUUCUCACCUCAUCAAGUGUUCACUGGCAGUGGCUGCAGAGCAAGAAAUUGAUGCUAACCGUGGCCAUGGUGUAGCCAGUCGCAAGCACUCAAUGCAAGAGAAUCAAGACCUUCUAGCUGAAUCAUACCUAAGAUGUGGAGCCCUUCACCAGUAUUGUGAGCUGAUGACAAGACUCCACCACUGGGACCAUGCACUUGCACUUGCUCCAGCUGUCUCUGUGGAGUAUUGGCGGAAACUGAUGGCCAGGCAUGCAGAGCAGCUUUUGAGUGAUGAUAACGAAGCGUGUGUCCCGUACCUCUUGGCCACUCGUGAUGCAGAUAAACUCAUCAAUUUUCACAUUGGCCGAGGCCACCUUGACAAAGCAUUCUCAGAGUGUGUGGCACUGAGCAAAAUAACCAGAAACAGUCGAAAAGGCCCCCCUCCUGAGGUUCCACCUAGAGUGUCAGCUGCAGAGAUAAAUGGAACAGGUCACAUACAGGAAAGAACCCUGGAGUGUGCUCGUCUGGUAGCAAAUUGGCAUCUACUUCGUGGUUCUCCAAUAAUUGCUGCAUGUGCCUUGUUGGCUGUGGAUGAUGUGAAGGGUGCACUUUCAAUGCUUCUACGUGGCCAUGAAUUGGAGCUAGUAGUUGCUGUAGGUCGUUUGUUAGGCCAUGAGAAUUCAGAUUCUGAAAGUUCACGUAUUUGUAAGACUGAUACUCCAGAAAUCAAGGGUCUGGUGGAGACGUCGUUGCGUUACCUCACUUAUCGUGCCAUUCGACUUUCAUUGUGGGAACUAGCAAUUGAUCUUGCCAAAACUCUGCCAGAGGGAAUAGAUCAAACUGUUCUGCUAGCUGAGGUGGUGUUAUCGUUUAUUGGUGGACACGAAGAACAAGAAGCACUGUAUGCUUAUGCUGGAUUCCCACCAUCUGCAGAAUGUCCCGAGAAGGCACUUGGAUCAGUGCUGGACCAAGUGCUUUAUAUGCUACUGUCAGCACAGCCACACAAAGGACUUUCCAAGGGACUAGAAUUUUUACAAGAUCAGAUAAUUGGUGGUAACCUUGAUCGAUCAAGUGUGUGGUAUGUUCUUCGCCUAGUUCAAGCUGUCCCUUUAAUUUACACUGAUGGGAAGUGGGUAAUUCGAGGCAGCCAGCGAGGAGGACUUCUUGCUAUUUCUGCUUACCUUGGAGCAGUGAAAGCUGCUGUUUUAGAUUAUCGCCCUGUUGUGCUGCAUCUUUUAAGUCAUGCAAGUUAUAUUCUAGAGAAGCACAGGCCAUCUGGCUGUGAGUUUCUUGCUGAGCACAUAUCUGCUGCAAAAGCUAAAUGGGAGGAAGGGAAUUGUAACUGGAGUAUAGACAUCAGUGAAAGCUCUGAAAUCUACAGUGACAUCGGCAUAACAAGAGUGAGCGGGUCUCAUUUGCCUCGACACUCUGACUCACAAAUUUGCUGUAUAACAAACCAGAUGAUAAAGGGUCCCAGUUAUUUUCUGGAAAAUGGAGAAUCAGUGAUGGGACAGAAUGAUGCACUCAUGUGGGCUAAAGUUCAUCCUUAUUCACCUCUCGGCACAGGACAUCGACUUAAUCCAUUUUGAGUUACAUCUAGCCAACCUUCACAAUUUUUCUUUAAAAAAGAACAAAAAUGUCAUUUUUUGUAUUAGUAUCUGAAGCACUUACCACAUGCUAAAUAGGUGUUCACAUAUAUUUUUCUGCUAAGUUCAGCUCAGUAAUGUUGUAAAGAUAUAAUUACAAUAUUUAAACGCUACACUAACUGAUUAUAUUGUUAAGGAUAAUAUUUUGUAAUUUUAUAAGUAUUUUACACAUUUUUAUUCUGCAAGUUUGUUGUCCUUAAUAGCACAGGUUUUAUAAUCCCCCUUAUACCUUGUCCAGUUGUCACAAAUAGUAAUUAAUAGGCUUACAAACUUAUGAGAAAAUUUUAGAAAACUUUUAAUAAUUAACUUUUGUUUGCAGAUGUAUAAUACAUGUACUUGUGUAGAAAAUUAACAUUUAUUUGCAAAUAUACAAUACAAUACUUUCAUAGGAUACCUAGCAGCUCAUUUUUUUUUUUUCACACAGAUUAAUUUUGCAGGCUAAGAGCUGUUGUCCUACCUCAGCUCAUUUCAAAACCCAGCCCUGUCUAAGGUAUACUACCACCCCUCAGGAUGUGACCCACAACAUUUGACUAACACCCAGGUACCUACAUACUGCUAGGUGAACAGGGGCAGCAGAUGUAAGGAAACAUUCUCAACAUUUCCACUCAUGCCAGAAAUCAGACCAUGGUCACUCAGUAUGUGAGCUGAGAGCACUACCAGCAGAGCCAUGGUACACCAUGUAAAACUAGCAAAUCCAGUUACACCUUACUGAAACUGUUACUCUUUCAGUUUUCUUUAUAAUAAAUAUUAUAGCAGCCUGCAAGCAGUAAUGGCAAUGUAUUAAUUUUUGAAGAUAUUGAAAAGAAUCCAUUACCAUUUAAAAAUCUAUACAUUCAUACAUACAGUAGACAUCAUAAAUAUGCACACACAUGAACAGGUCAUGCAGAAAACAAAACUCCUUGCUGUAACCUAUUGUUUUAAAUAUGUAAUACUGAAAUAUGCAUAUAUUCCUCACUGCAACUAGUAUAUUGUACGAUUACCCUUCCUCUGAUGUACUCCUUAAGUCUCCUAGGCAUUGAUAAGAUUAAUUUAUAGAGGAUAGAAAAGUCGAUACCCUCCCAUAUGUGCCUAAUGUCACUUGAGAUUUUGGGGUUAGGGGACAUGUCCUUGCCACAAAAAUAAUGCUUUUGGCAGGAUGGCAAGGGACACUUGUCUUCCAUACAAAAGUUACCCUGGUACUUCUCAAAUUUGUCAGGCAAAGUCUGCUAAAGGCAUACUUAUAGGCAUGCAAAUUUAUGACACUUACUGUAUGUUAGCCAACAAGCUUUGUUGUUGUCUGUCUCUGUUUUUCUGUCUAUUUAUAUCUUUAUCUCUCCCUUGCUCUAGCACACUCACUUAUGCUCUCACUUACUGAUUCUCACUUACAUUUUUAUUACAAAAAAAUUGAUGAUUAUAGCAAAUCUUUUAGUUAUUUUGAGUUUAUGAAUUUGAUAAAUGAAUGAAUUCAGAGAUCAAAGCAGUUAAGAGUCAUUAUUUGAAGCUCUUCCUGUUAGUAAUUAUUUUAAGGAAAGAACAUUUAUACAUGUUUUACAAGAAUGUUGCCAGUGUCAAGCCAAGGCUUAACACACCUCCUCCUCCUCCUCCUCUCCUCCUCCUCAGUACUUUACUGAAGAAAUAAUCUUAUGAAGAUGAACUUAGACUACACCAGGGCCAAAGCUAAUGCAAAUCUUUUAAUGUAUUUUUUAGCUAUUUUAAAUGUUAUAUAGAGAUAUUAAUAAAAUCUUAGUCGUAUGAUAGUUUUUUCGCAUUGCCAGUUUUAUACACAGAGCCCUCGUUGCCUUAAGUGUUCUUUGAAAUGUUCAUUUUCAUUAUUUUUAUAACACACUUUCUAUCUUCCACCUUUGUAGGGUUAUCAUCCUCAUUUGUUAUCAUCAGUAGUUGUCAUCAUCAAUUGUUAGAGUCAUUUUAUAUUGCACACAUUAACUAAAGAUGUCAGAGGAAUAUAAUUUCAUUAAGUUUCGGUAUGUAUAUGCUACAGUGAGCAGAAUAAUCUUGCAGGUAUCAGCACAGAGUAGAAAUAAUACCCUACCAUAGUAGGUUUAUCCCAAAGAAAGAAAAUAUAUUUAUCAUUGCACAUUCCUUACCUGUUUUUUUUUGGUUUUUGUUUUUUUUGAAGGAACACAGUAUCACAAUAAAUUGUUACAUAAAUUGAUUUGAAUUGGCAAACCAUGGAUAGUGAAUUUUUGCUACAGCUAUUCUUGUCAUUUUUCAUGGUUGAUAUGAAUGAAUAACUUAAUUGUACCCUUGAGUGGUAGUGUGAACAGUCAUUUUAAUGUAAAUAUGACAGAUCUCUACACAACAUAAAAACUUCUUAAACAAUAUUUAUACAAAAUAAUGUAAAUGAUUAGCUAGUUACACAAAAGAAUGUAAAUGAUUAGCUACACUUUAUAUAAGGACUAUAAGAGAUUUCAUGAGCAUAUUACUUGAGAUAAUUCUAUAUGUUUAUCAGUGUCAGUGCAUGCAAUUUUUAAAGAUGUAGUGUAAGCUUUUUCCUGGUGGCAAGAUAAAGUGGACAAAAACAUGUGAAAGGACUGCAGACUUGAAUAAUAGGAUAUGUUUGUAUCAGGUGACUUCGAGAACAAUUAAAAAAUAGCCCAGACUUAGAUGAAAGUGUAGACAACAAUUACUACAGCAACUGCUAAAAUGACAACUUUGAUGAUGACUACUACUAUAACAAUGAGUAUUACAACAUCAAGAUCCAUAACGAGUACUACAAAAACAAUGAUGACAUCUACUACAAUGAAGACUACCACAAAAACAAUUACUAUGACAAAGACUAGUAUGAUGACUACUACGGCAGUGACUACUAUUAUGAUGAUGACUAUAACAACUACAACAAUGACUGCUGUGAUGAACACUACUGCAACAACAACCAAGACAACUACGACGAUGAUGACUACUGCUGCUGCUGCCACCGCUGCUGCCAAUGGCACAACCACUACCACAACAACAGCAACGUAGUUGUGUGGCUACAUUGGUACAUUUUGUCAGAGAGGUCUGGGGGAUCAGUUCUCAUAUAAUUUUUUUUUUCAACGAACUGGCAGGGUGGCCCAAAAAGAAAAACAAAAGUUUUUCUUUUUAAAUUUUGUAAUUUAUACAAGAGAAGGGGUUACUAGCCCCUUGCCCCCGGCAUUUUAGUCGCCUCUUACAACACGCAUGGCUUACGGAGGAAGAAUUCUGUUCCACUUCCCCACGGAGAUAAGAGGAAAUAAACAAGAACAAGAACUAGAAAGAAAAUAGCAGAAAACCCAGAGGGGUGUUUAUAUAUAUGCUUGUACAUGUAUGCGUAGUGUGACCAAAGUGUAAGUAGAAGUAGCAAGACAUACCUGAAAUCUUGCAUGUGUAUGAGACAAAAAAAAAGACGCUAGCAAUCCUACCAUCGUGUAAAACAAUUACAGGCUUCCGUUUUACACUAACUUGGCAGGACGGUAGUACCUCCCUGGGUGGUUGCUGUCUACCAGCCUACUACCUGUUCAUAUAAAUAUAGUAGCUAAUGUGUUCUAACAUUUAAUUUAAUUACCACCGCUACCAUCACUACAGCUACUGCUACUACUUUACCACCAUUAUCUCCUCCUCCUCCUUCCCUCUUCCUGACCUGUCUUCUGAUUUUGUUGUUCCUUGCUCACUUUUGACUUGAUAAUGGUCCAGGAUGGACUGAAACAUUGUCCAAAAUUUCAUCCCUGAGUGGAGGAUGUUAGUGAAACUAAUGAAAAAAGCAGUAAACCCACAGUAGCUACAAGUAAGUAAUAGGAUGAAAAAAAAUUAAGACAGUGAGUAGAUAUGACAAAUCAGCUAGUGAGAAAUGCACUUGAAGUGACUGAAAAUACCAUUGGAGCCAGUUUGCUAUUGUGGCGUUAAUGAUUAAUUUUUUUUGCGUGAAGAUUAAUAGUUGAUACUUUACUAUUCACUGACACUGCUGAAAUUCUACAGUAUGUGUUUAGCUUAAGUUUAGCGAUAACACACCAGUUUACUAUAAUUUUACCGAGUGUGAAAGAUAGUAUUUUAUAUAAUGCAAGGUAUGACUGAGAAUGUCAAGUCAGGUGUCACUGAGUAUCCUUUUAUGGCUUUCAUAUACAGUGAAGGUCCUGUUAUCUGAUUUUCAACUUCAUAUUAUUACUGCUGUGUCCCAGUUGUAUUUUAGUCACCACUUUGUAGGGAUAUAAUCAUUGUGUGGGCUACCAGUACUGAUAAGCCAUUCUGUUCAGGUAACCUAAUUUUUUCAUUAUUCCAAGUACUUCAGGUCUCUCAGGGCCAGAUAAGAGGUCCUAUAUUGUUUUGAUUUCUGUGGUUUGUAUAUGAUGUGUCAAAUUCUCUCCAAACUCUCACUAGCUUUACACCUACUCUCAUGACAUUUCCACCUUUAUAAUGCUGCAUUCAUUAAUAAAUCAUUUCAUUGCAUUUUAUAAAAAAGUCACAUAAUGUAAUAUGCUCAUUAAAUCUCUGCUUUUAAUUAACUAUUUAGUCUAGUUGGUCUUUGUUAAUGAAAACAGUUUUUGUCAGAGAUACUUGCAAGGGGUAAUGUUUACUAUAUUAUUGUAAUUAUUACUGUAAGAUUAGUAAACCUACUUAAUUUUGAGCUUAUGGUAGAUGCCUAAUUUUAGUGAUCAGUUUGAGCUUUAGAUGUACAGUUAUAUCUAUUGAUAUAAAAGUGAGUAGCAAGUUCAUGUUAUCCAAUUAAAUGUAUAAUUAAAUACUUAUAAAAUACAGUAUAACAAUAUUUAACAAGUUCUUUGCAUUGCUAUUAAAAUUGCAUUAAAAGUAAAUUGAAAAAUACUGAUUAUGAAACAUCUUUAAUUCAUAGAAGUUAAGUACAUAUAAUUUUUAAGAAUUGAGAUAAUUUUAUUAAGAGAGUUAUCCAUAUAAAAAAAUAUAUUAGGAUAAAAUUCUUUUUUGGUGUAUCAGGUUUAAGAACUAAAUAAGUCUGCAGGGCAUUUGUUUAGUUAUUUGGCAAAUAGUUACAAUAUUAAUGUUAUAUUUUGUUGAACCUAUUGUGGCAUUUUCUAGGUAAAUGCUCAUCAUUUUACUUUUAUUAAGGAUGAGCUUUCUUUAAACUAAAUUUCAAUAAGAUUGUUUUUGUCAUUUGGCAACCUGUCCAAACCAUUCAUGAAAAAAUGUUUUGUUUUCAGUGGCAUAAACAUUUUCAGGCACCACCACAUAGCUAGAAGUUUUCUGCCAGUUAAUGUAGUUUG